AAACACAAGCGCGUCUUCAAGCCUUCGAUCGCAUAGUGCGUUACCAUGGAUACCAAGACGCGGUUGUGGCUGGUAGAUACGCGUGAAGUGUCGAAGUCACGUGAGGAGGAUCCAUUUGGAUUGCGAAAUCUGCCACUAGAGCCUGUUCACACGGUCCCCAAGCACUAUGAUGUCUUCUACACUAAUAUGGCGCCUGUAGUUAAGAUGCUGAGGGCUAUGGGGGCCCUGCCUAUUCGGACCCUUCCUGUCGACGGAAGAGCCUCCUGUGAACGCAGAGGGCUCCUCUACCCUGCGAUGCUGUGGUCCCUGUGUAUGUACUCAGGGCUGCUCACGGCCCUCUGGUUCGGCUAUAGUCACAACUUCACCGACGCCCUGGGUGAGCAGUCCUUCGAUACCGCUGUGAUGGGCUACCUAGACGUCGCAUACCAUCUCAUCGACCUAGCAAUCCCCCUCAACAACUGGAGGGAGGCCCAGCGAUUCGCCUCAUACAUGACGAGCUGGACUGCCUUCCAGUCACAUUACCGCGUUGUAACGGGGCGCGUUCUGGAGGUGAACUUCAGGCGACGGGCCACGGUGUUUAGUGUCCUGUUGGUAAUAGUCAUGUGUGGACGCGAGACCGUUUACCAGGUUCUGGAGAACAACGUGGACAAUUACCUGGUACUACUGACCUACUGGUACCAGGCUUUGCUACGCGACACCAUGGGACUCACUUGGUACUUGCUGUGUUCUCUACUGAAGAAGACAACACAGAGCCUGGCCGUCAGCUUUCAGAAGGACGUGGACACGGCGGUUCGCCCCAGUCUCGUGGUCGCGCGUUACAAGGGCCUGUGGCUGCAGCUGAGCCGCUUGGUGCGUCAGACCGGCGUCGCUACGUGCUACACGUACGGCUUCUACGUGCUCUACCUCUUCCUCAUGCUCACCGUCUCCAUAUACGGCGUCUUCUCCACCCUGGCCGCGGGGCCCCAACUCAGUCUCGUCUACCUGAUCGGGGACAGCAUCAUCACCGGCAUCCAGCUCUUCGUGGUCUGCGACGGGGCCAGCUCCGUCAGCCGCGAGGUGGGACUCAAGUUUCAAGGGAGACUCUUGGACAUCAGAGAAAUGCAUAUGAGUGACAAAGUGGCGAAGGAGGUUGACGCCUUCUUGAUGACAAUCGACGUUUGUCCACCGGAAAUCAAUUUCGGAGGUUACGUCACAGUAAACAGAGGAAUACUGCCAUCCCUGGGCUCCAUGUUGGUUACGUAUCUCAUAGUCUUGGUGCAAUUCGCCAUGUCUGGAAAAGCGAUUUCGAACCACCACUCCAACUCCACCUCCAUCGGGCCACCGACGCCUUCGGGAUGAACCAAUAGCUUCUGGCUAUAACCUCCAGGCCGCAGAACAAUCGCACUGAGAGAGCUUUAAUAUCUGUUUCAUAAUUUACGUGCUGAAUAUUUGUACACAGAAUUACUGCCUGGGUUUUUCGAUUUUGUCUGUCCAUCGUCCGGUAUUCUAAAAAAAUAGAGAACACGACGUUUCGGAAAAUAGAUAUGUUUCCGACCUCAGAUGAGUGGGGAGACACCUACUCUGUUAGGUCCCUUAGAAAAACAGGUGCAGUUUCGGAAAUGUUGUUUUCUCAGGUUUUUAGAAUACCGAACGGUGGACAAAAUCCA